AUGCCUCUCGAAUCCAAAGCUUCUGUGCAGUAUGACGGCUACGACGACGAGGUUGUCCUGGCUCCGGGCCUUAGCCUCGGCAACUUUUCAUCGAUGGAAUGCCCAGCGAAUCACAUGCGCUGGAGCGAACUUCUGAUGUGCCAGAGCAACUUCGACUGGCUCUUCGGCUGGGUCUGGGCUCUGGUGCUUCGGGACAUUUCCUGCAAGGGCUGUUUGAUCGGGGCUGCCUCUGGCUUUGUUUGGAUUCAGCGCUGGCACAUCCGUAUGUACCCCGCAGAGCCAUGGACACGGAGUCGAUGGUUCCGCACGGAGACAACAAGCUUCCCAAGUACCCUUCAUACCGCCUGCUUCGGGAUACUCUUUACAAUCUUGUGGAGUACAACGUACUGGGGCUCCUCACCCGUCAGUGGACAGAUGUACCAGUCACGGAUCUUCGCUGCAGACAGGGCAGACUUCGACGGAGGUGGGAAGACUUUGGUGCUUUUGGGGUUUGGUUUGAUGGUUGGCUGCUGCUUUCGGACCCAGGCCGGCUUCAAAUUGUGGCAGCCACGUACGAAAGAGAUGUCGACUUUGGGCAUGCCAUGUUCCAAGCUGCCUGCCGUUUUCAACGGCCGGACCUCGAGACCUUGGACUAGCCUCCCGAUGGCGGUGCGCCGCAGUUUGAGAGGGGCCUACAAGCUGACACGAGCCAGUGCCGGGCCCGCUGUGCACUCGACUCUUCUGCAGGCGCUACGCUUCUUCAUCAUGCCAGGGGUCAUGCUGUGCGGGCUUCUUGGAGGAACGGUGUAUCUGCUUGGCAUUGCGACCUUGCAGGCGCUUGAUGGAGGCUCCUGCCACAUCUCUCCUCCUACGAUUACUGCCCAGACCACCUGGGACUUCCUGGCGAUGGCCGAGGACUCUCCCGUCGAGGACAACCUUGUCUCGGACGGUUCCACGGCAUCGGCUCACCCGAACUCGCCCCCACGUGGACCUCCGCCACCCCAGCCCAUCCAGGUCAUCGGCGAGGCCUCGCUCAGCAUCUCGGUGGCGGUCGGUUCGACGAUCCAGUUUCUGGGCGGUGGCCUUCGUGAAAUUCUCACACAUCUGCCCUCCGACUGGCGUACACAGGAAGGCAUGGUUGUGGAACUACGCUCCCUUCUACCGUCAGACCGGUUCCACCCACACAUGAUGUGGAUUGGAGAGGGUACACCGCAAAGUGCGCUGUACCCGGCUGGAGGACCGAGUACUACCCCCAUGCCUGGUGCCGCUUUGGCGACAGAGGAGCGCGAGGACCCGACUGGGGAGGCCAGGGCCACAGACGAGGAGAUGACCGAUGCGGUACAGGCGCUGGAGGCCGACGGCUCCCUGGAUGAGCUCCUCAUGGACAUUCCGCGGGGAGUGGAAGUGGAGAUGGCCAGAGCAUCCUCGGGCAGCAGCGGAUCGGGCAGGGCGAGCACGUGGCACGGCUCUAGCGCCCCUCCGCCACCAACGCCGGCGACUACGACGGGGACACGAGAGACCAAUGCGUCGACCAAGCCGAGGGCGAAGCCGAGGAAGAAGCUUUUCGCUGUCAUGCGGUGUGUAGGACAGGACGGCAGUCAGACAGGAGCAGACAUGUGCCUAGGAGCGGAGCCUCCGCCGCCACAGGGCACAGAGCGCACAGACUACGAUAUGACCCGGGUACGGUUUGCCCUCGUCCUCGACAAUGCGGCCGGUGGCCGUGUCUUCCUUUCUGUCAUUGCUGACUUUCCGCAUGGCAUGUUCAAACAGCUACCUUCGCAGGUCCGGAUCGACCUUCUGAACACCGACAGGUUAGCCCAGGUGCCGUUCGCACCCGUUGCCUUUCCCAGCAACUGGACAGCAGACUGGACCCAGGACUGGAGCACCAACGAGGGCGACGCGAGCCUCAGCCGCUCAUUUCGGCGACAGGUCAUGGUCUGGAUGCAAGAUGAGGAGUCGCAAGGCCGUGCCGUGGACAUCCUGUGUCUCCAGGAGACAGCUUGGCAGGGUGACAGUGAGUUUGUCACGGCUGACAUUGGUCGGCCGGGUGCUCGUUGGUAUGCCGUGCACACAGGGGCCAAAGACAAGUCGGGCGUGAUGUGUUUGGUGAGGUCUAACCUCAUCCCUCCUGAUGGUCUUCGGCAUCGGGUCGUACUGGCCGGACGCCUUCUCCACGUCCGUCUCAUGUUGGGAACACCCCUGGACCUGUUGUGCAUGUACCAGGAAGGCGACACAUUGUGCCGACCUCUGGCGAUCACCCCAGACGAGGUGUGGGAGGCGCUGGGAAAGAUCUCACCUAGCAAAGCUAUGCCAAGCUGGUCGGCCCCGGCUGCCGUCUGGAAGGUGCUACGAUCACAACUUCUCCCCACCGUGGUGUCCCAGCUUAACCAGGUGCUGCAGACGGGCCCAUUGAUUCUCCCACCAGAGUGGUGCACCAGUGAACUGGUUCUGAUUCCGAAGCCAGGCAAAUCCCUCACCUCGGUGGGCCAGCUUCGUCCGAUAUGCCUUCUUCCACCAAUGGCGAAGACCCUAGCGACAAUUCUUGCCAACCGGAUGCAACCCUACCUUCAAUCAUACCUCCAGGAGGUCGCGCAGUACGCCUACGUACCCGGCCGAUCCCUGUCACAGGCCUUGGAGCGGGCGAUCAGCCAUUGUGUGGAAGUGCGCGCCCUGUUGGCCACACAGGGAACGUCCCUGUACGAACGACGAGGAGGAGGCACCCGCCUCCCUGUGGUUGGAGGCAUCAUGCUGUCACUGGACAUUACGGGUGCAUAUGAUGUGGUCAGGCGAGAAACUCUGCUACUGGCCCUACAGGCGGCUGCGGUUCCGGCGGAGCUCCGGGAAACCGUCAUGGCGGUCCACAACCAGGCCAAAAUAAGAAUUUCCCAUUGCGGACAUGAGGAUACCAUCGCCCUUGGCACUGGUUUGCGCCAGGGCUGCGGGCUUUCGCCCGCCCUGUGGGCCCUUGUCUCGGGCUGGCUGCUCCGUGGACUAAAUGUUGCCCCAGACGACAUGCCGGCCGAGGUCAACACAUCCUACGCGGACGACCUUCUCUUCAAGUGGAUCAUUCGCUCAGGGAAGGCCCUAGAGGUGGCUUACCGGCAAAUCCGCACGGUUCUGGAACACCUGGCCGACCACGGACUACAGGUGAGUACGGCGAAGACGGUGACCCUUGUAGAACUACGCGGAACCAAGGCACACCAUGCCCUCCGAAAAUAUGUUGUCUCAAUUAAAGGAGUCCGGCAUAUGCGUUUUCAGGUCAGGGGCCGAGAUGUGGACCUACGGCUGGUGGACCAGCACGUCUACCUAGGCGCGAUCAUCUCCUACCGCAAGCCGGAACAAGCGACGGUCCAGCAUCGCAUGACGCUCGCCAAAGGCCAAUUUGCCCGCCUCAAACCGGUGCUGAAGUGCCAAGCGGUCCCCGGUCCCCCUGGGGCUGCGCAUGAGGCUGUGGAAGGCCUGUAUACCGGCAUGCCUUUUACACGGACUUGA